AUGAGUGAAAAAGAGAUUGACGCAAAUCAAACAAAAUCAUCGGAAAUAUAUGAAAAAAUUGUCGAAUAUGUUAAUAAAAAGUUGGAUAACUAUGAAGCUCUUGAAUUUUAUCUCAAUUCAGGCAGUAUUAACAAAAACACUCAAGAAAAUAUCCUUUCAGAUAUCUACAAAAUCAAAGAUCUCCAUAACAUUUACAAAAAUCUAUUGGAUACAGUCAAAUUACCUGAAAAUCCAAUACUUCAAGUCGAGAAUACUUAUUUAUACGAGCCAAUCUUUUCAGAAGUUGAAAAUCAUUCAUUUGGAUUUGUUGAACCACAAAUAAGGUACUCAUAUAUAGUAUAUCUACUAAAUGAAAUCGAUAAGCAAGACAAAAAUUAUUAUCUCGCUUUUUAUGAACUUUCAAAAUUUAUGAAUAUCAAUCCAUGGCUUAUAUUUAACUUUGAAAAAACAACUACACGCAUAUUUAGAUCAAAUGCAAGAAGAGAUCUCUAUGCAGCUUAUUCUUCAUCUCCAGAACUUUUAAGUUGGAGAAAUUGGAUGAGAGCACUUGAAGAAGACAAAAGCAAGAUAACUUUCCACAUGUACAAUGUUUUCGCUUAUGUUUAUUACUUAGCGGAAACAUAUUCCUAUGACAUUCCAAUUGUUUUUGAAGAAGUUAAUCCCAAGUUUAUUAAUUUGUUUACAAAGGAAAUUUUUGAUGUUGAAAAAAUAAAUUUAGAUGGAAAAAAUGUAACAUUUGCUGAAUAUUAUGAAAUGAUUAAAAAGGCAAAUCCUAAUUUAUCAGAAUCCAAACUCAAUAAUAUCAAAGAUCUCUGUCUUGAAUACGAAAUCACGAAAAAUCCCAAUCCAACAUUCUUAAAACUUUAUUUGGAACAAAAUCCAUUGGCUGAACUUGAAUUAAGAGUUUUCAAACCUAUUCCAAAUUUUAUUCGUUGUCUUAAGAGUGAUACUUUCUGUUUGGCGCAUGUUUUGUUUUAUCUCUGUUAUUGUUUGGAAUUAAUUAGAGUUGUUCCACAAUUAGAUGAUGUUUUAGAAACAAUUGAAUAUUAUUCUGACUUAGCAUCAACUUACUAUUAUAACAAGUUUUUCAAUGAUUUUAAUGUUAAAUUAUUGAACCAUGUAACAUUCUCAACUUAUUAUAAGUCAGAUAAUCUCAAACCUUUCUUUGAUAUUUGGAAGUUUUUCUAUGAAAAAUUCAAAGACACAUAUUAUGAUACUUUUGAAGAUGCAAUGGCAACUUUGUUAAAAGUUAUGUCAAGAGCUGGUCAAUGCACAAUCAAAGAAAUUGCAGAAGAAAUCAGGGAAUCAGAAAGUAGUACAAUUUUUGCACUUGAUUAUGAUGAUAUUUUGCCAGAAAACAUGAAAGUUAUGAGACAACUAACUUAUGAAUACAACCAAUUAAAUGACGAUUUGAAAGCAAAGACUUUUGAAAAACUUACUAAUUUGCAUUCUUCAGAGUUAUGGCUUGACUCAAUUGAAUUUCUUAAGAAGUAUUAUGAUGACAAAAGAAUGACAAUUGGUAUUCUGAAAGCUUUAUUAAAAGGAAGCAAAACAGAAGUCGCUCAAGAGAAAGAAUUAAAAUUGGAGGAUUAUUUAGAAAAAAAUAAUGCACCUUCUGAUCCAAAUUAUCACAAAUAUAUUCAAAUACAAAUGCAUAGAAUCAUGUAUUCUAAUGAAAACUAUUUAGUUUCUGAAGCUAAGAAGUUUAACCUUGAAGCACUUUAUUUAAUUUCGGAAUAUAGUAUUUCUGUCGAAAUAUUGAUGAAAAAAAUUUUCUCAAGGAAGUUUUACAUCUUUGACGAUAUUCUUUUUAAUUUGGAAACAGCUUGUUUAUUUAAUGAAAUAAAUUUACAAGCGGAUUCUAAGAUUCCUAUUCCUGGAGUAGAUUAUAAACCAGGAAUUGAUGAAUUUGAGUUUUGUCAAUUGAUUAUUAAUAUGUAUCCUAUAGAUAUUAAACUUUGUUUUCCAGUUUGUGAAGCAAAAUAUGACAAAAGUAUAUUAAAUCUAUUACAAGGUUCAAGUUAUUUGUUGGAACCUUUACAAAAUCAAUUUGAUUUUUCAAAUUAUAAGUUUUACAAAUGCGUUGACUUUGAAUUUGCAUCAAUUUAUAACAAAUGCAUCAAGAAUAUUUCAAGGUUUGUUGUAAAUCAAAACUUCAGGGAAGCAUUGGAUUUACCAAUUAAUCUCAGUACUGUUGACAACAAAUUGAAGUACUUGAUUCCUUCUUACUUUGCUUCAUGGAAUUGCAUUAAAAAACCUGAGAAAAUGAAAGAAGAGACAAAACAAUUCAUCAUUGAUGUUUUGAACAAUGAUGGCUUUAAUUCUGUUUUGUUGUCUGAUCUUCUAAGAAGUAAAAGCGCUACAAGCGACAACAACUAUUUAAUUUUCGAUCAGAUAUUAGAAAAUCAAGAAAAUCAAUUCGAAACAUUCUCAAAAUUUUAUAGAAUUUUGGAAAUGUUUGAGAAUAAAAUUGAUCCUUCAAGUCAAGAAAACUUUGAAAUCUUGGAGUCAUUUGAUUUCUCUAAAUACGGAAAUGUAGCAAUUAAAUACAAGGAAUUUCAGUCCCAUGUGAUUUCAAACAAUCAAAUGAAACCUGAAUAUUUCAAUUUAAUAAUCAAAGAAAAGAAAACGAAUUAUCAAGUAAUCAAGUUUUUCAUUGAUGAAGAAAUCAUUUGUUUGAAAGAUUUAUCAGCAGACAUUCUUAAAUUACUUAUAAAAGUAACAGAACAAGAAGAAGUCAAAGAGAACAAUCAAUUUGAAAAAGUUCAAAUAAAACCUGUUGAUAGUGAUUUAGAUAUUUCAUGGAUUCUUGAUUUAGUUGAAUAUUCUAAUAAAGUCAAAUUCAUUUAUUCACUUAGAACAUAUGAUUUCAUAAAUAUCUACAAGAGCAUGCAAAAAAAUGACAAAAAAGAAGUUGAUUUAACAAAAGAAUUUCUUAAAACAGGAAAUUCUAAAGUUCUUGAUUCAUAUGAAAAUGAAGUUUCAGAAAAAUACUUUGAUACAUUUGUUGUACAUCAUGAAUUUUUCAACACAAACAAUUUGAUAAAAUACAUUAACAAUCUUUCACUUCCUUUCAAAGAGCUUAAUGAGAAAAGUAUUGAUAUUCUUAAUCAACUAAUUUGUAAUUUCAGAAGUGAUUUAGAAAUCAAUGUUCCUUUAUCUAAUUUCUUUUAUUUCUUCAAACAUUGUCAAGAAAUUUUUCCAUUUUUAAGUGAAAUUGAUGGAUUUUGGAACUAUAAACCACCAAAAUAUCAAUCUUUUGCUGGUUUCAUUAAAGAUAUCAACAAAAUGAUUAAUAAGAAGAAAAUUCCUCAGGAUCUAUCGAAACUACAAGAAUUUUGCAAUUCAUUUGAUUCUAAAGAAGAAAAUCUUUAUUUAGAUGACUCUAAUGAUGAAAAAGUAACAGUUGGAUUAAUAAUAAUGAGGUUGCUUCAGAAUUCUAAUGCCUAUGAUUGUAAUAUGAAGAUAUUUUCGGAAUAUUUCAAAGAAAGACGUGAAGAACAAAAAGUCAAAAUCAACAAACAAAAGAAUCUUUCUGAGUUCUACUUUAAUUUACAAAAAGAACUCGAAUCUAAAGAGAAAAUCCAUAAUACAAAGAUUUCUAUUAUAAAUGAUAUUAAUGAUGAUCUUCCAGAAAAAAUGACUAAAGAAAGAUUUAGUUUGUUUGAAAAACUCUUGAAUGUUGACAAAAAGAAAUGGAAAUUGAUUGAAAAUUCAUUUUUGGAUGUUUUCACUUUUUGUGAAGAAAACUCUUUGUUAAGAUAUCAAGAACAAAUUAUUGGAUUCACAUUGAAAUGUAUCGAAGAAAAUAAUAAUGUUUUCUUUACUAAUCCACGGAAAGAACUCUAUAAUUUCAUUUUGGAUCAAAUUUCAAAUGAAAAACAAAAUGAAUUUUCAGGAAUCUACAAAUUAAAUAAAGAAAACGAUGAAAAAAUCUCAACAAUCAAGUCAAACAUGAAACAAGAAGUUAUUAAUGCCUUGAAAACAGAAUUUGAAUCAUCAAGGAAUAUGGAAAUUAAACAGAAACUUGAAUUAUAUUCGAGUUGUUUCCACAAAAUUGUUAAGAAUGUUCCUCUUUUGAUGGUUAAACCAAAAUUUGAAAGUGUUGAUUAUUCAUUCGAUAAAAUCAAGUUCUACAACAUGAUUUUGUCUUACAAUCAAAUGAAUUUAGAUCUUUCAAAUGAAGAAGUUAAUGAAUAUGAUUUUGUUUUCCAAGAAAAAGGAAAUAUGAUUGUUAAAAACACUAAAACAAACAAAACUCAUAGAUAUUCACAAACUCAAUGUCCUCAUUUGUAUGCAAUUGUUAAUAACUCAAUUGACAAAUCAUUUUUCAAAUUCGAAAUAUCAAAUCCGACCUGGAUUAAAGUAAGAAUUCCUAAAAAUCGAAAGAAAAAUGGAGAUUUCAGUUUCGAAAUUUUGUAUAAUUUGCACAAAGAACUUGAGAAUUUACUCAAGACAAGUAAAUUAGAAGAAAACAAUGUUUUUGGAAAGAGUUACAUCGAAUUUGAACAGUUUUUGGAUAAAAUUUCUGAUAUAAAAGUAGAAAAAUUCUCCGAGAACUUCCAAAAACAUAUGAAGACAAUUAAUCUUGAUUCAUCUUUUCCAAAGACUUUCAAUGUUUUUGAGAAAUUCAUUAAUAUGUCAAAAGAAAUCAAAUCAAUAAAUGUCAAUAAGAAUUUGACAAAAACGAUUAAAGGAAAACUUAGAAAAUUGAAAGAAAUUGAUCUUCCAAACACAAAUGAUCAGAAAAGGAGAAACUUCUGCUUCAGAUUACAAACAAAAUUUACACCAAAAAUUGUUGUAACAGAAUCCGGAAUCAAUCCAAAUUUCUCUCAAAUUUAUUUUUACAAUUUCAAUGCCAACUUCGAUACUUUAGAAAUUUUUAUUUUGAUUGAAGGUUCAUUCCAGUUUUUGGAUGUAUCUAUUGAGUCAUCUUCAAAUAGCAUUAAAACAGAAGUUGUUGAAGACAAAAUCAUAUUAGUAGUUGAUUUAUCAUCAAAACCAAACAAAGUCGAAGGAAUUUUGAAUGUUUCUUCCAUUAAAAUUCCAAUUUCACUAUGUUUUAAGUAUGAUAAAUUUAAUAUCAAUGGUCCAGAUUUUGUUUUCAGUAAUCUCAGAUCAGAUUUAGACUUUAGAUCAGCAAAAGUCGAAUCAAUUAUUACUGAUGAAAUGACAAAGAUUAUUGACUUGAUUGAUUCUUACAAAACCAUGAGUGACAAGUUCAGUAAUCUUUUCUUCAGUUACUUGAAAUCAAAUCAGUAUUCAUUUCCAAUUAAUUUGUUGAGAAUUUUUUCAAACUUGUAUUCAUUACAUGAAUUUUUUGUAACACAUACAAUUGAUUCAUUUUGUCCAUAUUAUUUCGCAGCACAAGAAUUCGAAACAUCAAUUUGUCGAUUACUUCGUGUUCUUAGUAUUGAUGAAUCGUCAGAAGAAGAAAACUUUGAUUUCUACAAAAUCUUUUGUUAUAAAACUUCUAAUGAUUCAAUUGUUAAUGAUCCUAAUGUUAAACGAAAUGAAUCUCAGUCAAAUCAAAAAGAUAUAGAAGAUAAGGAACAAGUAAUUGAAAACGAAAAAGCUCAGCUUAUCAAUGAAGAAAAAUCAGCUAAUAAAGAGCAAGGAAAUGAAGAAAAAAUUGAACAAGAUGUAGUGAAUAUAAAUCAAAAUGAAGAAUUUAAUCCAUCAAAUCAAGAUAAAACUGAAGAAGAAGGCGCAAAAAGCUCACCAAAUUUGGAUCAAUCAAACAAUUUAGCCAAUUCUUCAAAUGACAAACAAAAUGAAAGAAUUACUGAAACGCAAAAUACUAUUAAAAAUGAAAAUGAUUCUCGUGAAGAAAAAACUUUUAAUAGUAUGCAAAACAAUUUCAUGCAAAUGCCGCAACAAAAUCAGUUUCAGAUGCCUCCGCAAUUCCAAAGGAUGAUUCCUCCUCAGAUACAAAACAAUCCACAAGCAAUUCUUCAGUACCAGCAGAUACAAAACCAGUAUCAAUCAAUACAAAUGCAGAUUUUGGCAGUUCAACAAUCUGCAUUUCAGUUUUAUCAACAAAAUGGUGUUAACUCAAUCAAUGACAUUUUGAUGCCAAAUGGAGGUUAUUUCUAUCCUCCAAACAUGUUUAUUCCGAAUCAGAACUUUGGAGUUCCACAAUUUCAAACUCCUAUGACAGCAAAUCAUCAACAGGAUUUCAUACGACAGCAACAACAACCAAAAAUGUAA